AUGAACGUUCUCCGCACACAAUCUCAUACGCUUCGCCGUCUUGCCGUUCGUGGUUUGCCUUCCUCUUCUGUGAGGGGUCUAUCAUCUACCUCGCGUAGUUUGGCCUCUGCACUCCCCGGUUAUCCGACCCCAGGGACCGCAUUUUCCCCGCCUCCUGCUCCUAGCCCUACUCCGGAUGUAGCCCCUGCUGCUACCUCUUCCGUCACGUCGGCCGGAACUGCCACCACGACCGCUACCACCGCAGCCAAACCUAAUACCGUCCUCCCCAAAUCCGACAUUCCGAUCAUCACAACCAUAGCCGACCUGCGGGAAUGGCGAAACAAGGCAUUCAGGGAGGGCAAAUCCGUUGGAUUCGUUCCAACCAUGGGGGCUCUGCAUGAUGGCCAUAUUUCACUUGUCCGCGAAUCGCUUCGCGAGAAUGAUCUCACUGUCGUGUCUAUCUACGUGAACCCUGCCCAGUUUGCGCCACACGAGGAUCUCGCGACGUACCCGCGUACACUUGAUAAAGAUGCUCUACUGCUAUCCACAUGCUCUUAUCUCCCUUCGGUACCAAAUGCGACGGUCCGUAGUCCGUCUGCGAUAUUCCUCCCCUCGACCAAGGAAAUGUACCCCUCUGGGCUCUCGCAUUCGAGCCAGGUAUCGACGUACGUUGUGCCCCCUCCAUCGUUGACGAACCAAAUGGAGGGCCUGUCCCGACCCACGUUUUUCCGAGGCGUCGCGACCGUCGUCUCGAAGCUGUUGAACAUCACUCUCCCGACGCGCGUCUAUUUCGGACAAAAGGAUAUCCAGCAGGCGUUGUUGAUGAAGAGCAUGGUCAAGGAAUUGUGUUUCCCUACGCGGGUACGAGUUGUCGAGACCGUUCGAGGAACCCAGGAGCUCGCGUUGAGUUCCCGGAACGCGUAUCUGCAGGGUAAAGAAAAGGAAGUGGCCGGGACGUUGAGGGGUGCGUUGAAGGCUGUUGAAAAGGCGUGGUAUGCUGGGAUGUCCCGGUCCGAGGCGUUGGCGGCUGGGAGACAGUAUGUGGACGAAGUGGUGCAGGCUAAUGCCGGCCAGGUCGAAAUGAAGUUGGACUAUAUCGAGAUGAAUGAUCCGCACACGUUUGAGCCGCUUGGAGAGGACGUGAAUAGCGGGGCGGCGGCGAGCGGGAAGGGCCCUGGAGUUAUUUUGAGUGGAGCGUUGUGGGUAGGGAGGACGAGAUUGAUCGAUAACGUCUUGCUCGGAGAGGUUGGGUGGGUGUAUGAAUAG